AAUCUUGCACGCGCUGAGCGCGUUACCGCCAUUUUGAUGCUUGGUUUUUUUAUGCGGCAACUGAUCGUUUUCUGGGAUUUUCCAAUCAGGUAAAAACAUAAACAACCGAUCUUUUUCUCAUCAUUUGUAUAAUUGAAUUAGAAUUUAAUCUGGAAUAUUCUUGAAACCGAUUUCAGUAUUUAAACUGAUAAAAUUACUGUAUUAUGGUUCCAAUUUAUUAUUUGUUAUCGACAGAUUGUAAACAACCAGUUAAAUCGGGAUGUUUUAUGCACAUUUCGUAUUAAGCAAAAAAGGGCCACUAGCCAAAGUUUGGUUAGCGGCCCAUUGGGAUAAGAAAUUAACUAAAGCUCAUGUUUUUGAAACGAAUAUCAACAACAGUGUUCAAGCUAUCUUACAACCAAAGGUUAAAAUGGCUUUACGUACAUCAGGACACUUGCUUCUUGGUGUAGUAAGAAUAUACUCAAGAAAAGCAAAAUAUUUACUAGCUGAUUGCAAUGAAGCUUUUGUUAAAAUUAAAAUGGCCUUCCGUCCUGGAAUGGUUGAUCUACCCAGUGGACAACAGCAAGCCUCUGUUGCAGCAAUUACUCUUCCAGAAACUUUUCAUGAUUUUGAAUCCACUAUGGCAGAUUUAGCCGAUUUCGACGUCCAAGCCCAACUUUCAGUUAAUCAAAGUAAACCCGAAGAUAUUACAAUGAAAGAAGAUUUAGGGACGAUCUCAUUUAACGAAUUUGGAGGAGGUGAUAUGGAAUUUGAUGACAGUCAAAUGUUACGAGAAGAUUUCGAUGAAAAUUUCCUGCAACCCUAUUCAUCUGAUGCCGACAAAAUGGAUAUAGGUGGAGCAGGUGCUGAUGAUGAUCUAGGGCAAUAUAUUGGUGAUGAUGACCCAUGUCCAGCUGACGACUUGUCAUCAGACGAUGAUAACAACGACGAUCUUGGUAAUAUAGAACACGCAGAUUUAAUUGGAGCAGAUGGCAGUGGUUUUAUGACCCACGAAACUGGCAACAUUUUUGAAGAUCCUGCGCCACCCUCUGAGCCUCCAAAAGAUUUUGACAUGACUACCGGUGCACCGAAAGACACAACUGUUAAUCAACCAAACGUAACGGCAAUGACAGACAGAAGUGCUGUCCCUGAUCAAACUACCCUUGUUACAAAUGAUAGAGAAGCGUUUGCUUUAGAGCCGUUAGAUGUCACGAGUGUCCAUGGUGGAGUUGAAAGGCGAACAAAGAGAAAACGACGUCUAAUCGUUGAUGAACAAAAAGGAAUCUCAUCUGAAACCAUGAAACUACAACUCUCCGAUACCGGGGAUAUUUCUACAUCUCUUGAUUUGGCUCCUCCAACAAAACGCCUUAUGUUAUGGAAAGAAACUGGGGGUGUUGAAAAAUUGUUUGCCUUGUCGGCUGAUCCAAUUUGUUCAAAAACUAUAAAUCAACAUUUUAUCAACAGUAUGGUCACCAGAGCAAUUGGUGAUGAUGACGAUGAUAUUCGCAACGAAUUACAAGUUCCAGGUGGUUUUGGAGACAUAGAAACAGCUAGAAAUAGAGCCUCAGUCCGUUCAUCAGUCAACGACAGGAGUUUAGCAGAUGUGGAAAGAGUCAGACAUGAUUCCUCAGUUUUGUCGGUUCCAAAUAUUGAUCAAGAUUCAACCCUUCAAAGAUCAAGAGAAGACGAAUCUUUGGCACAUAUUUCAGAUUUGCCUCUGAUAAACGACACAUUACCUCCCGACGUUGAUAUUAACCCAGCUAGUGUGGGUACAGUGGAAGAUAUAUUUGAUAUGGCUUUGGACAGCGUUGCUCCACCAAGUGUUGGUGGAGAUUCAAUAGGUGGAGAAGAAAAUGAAGAGGAACAAGAAGAAAGACGUUGGGGCAAGAGAACACAUCAGUUAAUUCGAAUGAUUGAUUCUAAAAUGGAUUACUCCGAAAAGUUAUCGUUUAGUUCAUUGCUGCUAAAGAACAAUAGAAAACAGGUGGCUUCAAAAUUCUACACUCUAUUGGUUCUAAAGAAGAAUCAAGCUAUAAAUAUUGAACAGGAUACACCUUUUGGUGAAUUAAUAAUAUCCAGAGGACAAAAUUUCCAAUCUUGCAUGACAGCUUAA